CCAUAAAACAAUCCACAGACAAAAAACAACCAAUUCGUCAUUUAAGUAUUGACAUUUGAUCACCAACAUUCUUGUCAUAGUAUCUUAAAAAAAUGGCAGAUAGAAGAAUUGAGAUGCUGCUAAGCAUGGUCCUUGUUGUAAUGGCUCUUCGGGGUGUCACAGUGGCACAAUUUGACUCAAGUUGUGCCAAUAUACUCUUGAGUCUUUCUCCAUGCCUUGACUACAUAACAGAAAACUCUUCCAUCCCUUCCUCUGGUUGUUGCUCACAACUUGCAUCUGUGGUCGGGUCACAACCACAGUGCCUAUGUGAGGUUGUUAACGGCGGUGCUUCGUCUAUUGCUGCUAGUCUCAACAUCAAUCAAACUCGUGCUUUCGCACUCCCCGCAACUUGCAAUGUCCAAACACCUCCUAUCAAUGCCUGCAGAGGAUCAGCUUCUACUUCUCCUCCGGUGGGUGUUUCUAUUUACAACAUUCCAAAUUCUCCUUCAACUACGGGAAGUGGUGGAAGUAUCCGUGGCCCAACUUAUGGAACAUCAACUUCUACAAGAUUACAAUAUUCUAUGCUUCUUCUGAUUAUCUUCGCGUAUUUCACAUUUACUUUCAUCACCACAAAUUAGGCUGCGUUGUGCACAUUUUUGUAAACAUUAUUACUAUUAUUAUUAUUAUUAUUAUUAUUAUUAUUAUUAUUAUUGUCUAAAUUCUACUGAUUUUUAGUACACCCUCUGUUUUUCAUCCUUACUACUUAACCAAAUCAGGAUUUUCUUUAUCAUAAAUUCUAGCAACUAGCAAGAAUUCUUAUGUCAAUUAAGAUCACAAUCUUAUGCAAGGCUUUCAAUUUCAAGUUU